AUGGUACCGCCCACCUAGCAGGAAGUGGCGCCUCUCUCGGGCGCACCCAUUGGCGCGAAGCGAGGCGGGGGCGGCCCGGUCGGAAUGGUCGGUCCCGGGCGAGACCAUUAAGCCGGCGAGGGAGGGGGAGCCCGGUCGCCGCCAUGGCCAGGAGCGGGCCGAGACUCGUGUUGCUCUUUAGCGGGAAGAGAAAAUCGGGCAAGGAUUUCGUGGCGGAGGAGAUUCAGAGCCGGCUGGGUCCCGAUGUGUGCGCUAUCCUCCGUCUGUCCGGACCUCUUAAAGAGCAGUAUGCGAAGGAACACGGGUUGGAUUUCCAGCGUCUUUUGGACGCCAGCGACUACAAGGAAACCUAUCGGAAGGACAUGAUCCGCUGGGGGGAGGAGCAGCGCAGGAACGACCCCGGAUUUUUUUGCCGGAUCGUGGCGGAAGGGGUCACGCAGCCGGUCUGGUUAGUGAGCGACACGAGGCGGCUCUCGGACGUGGAGUGGUUCCGUGACGUGUACGGGGACGUGGUCCAGCUCGUCCGUGUCGUUGCCACCGAGGAGACCCGGAAACGGCGGGACUGGGUCUUCGUCGCAGGAAUAGACGACGCGGAGUCCGAAUGCGGGCUGGACCACGGCGUGACGUACGACUGGGUCAUCACCAACGACGGGGACCUGCUCUCUUUCGACACCCAGCUGGAGACCCUGAUGGAGUUUGUCCAGAGCAAACUGUAGGACGGCCCGGGGCUGACCGUCGCCAGCCCCCUCCAGCCCGUCCCCUUGCCCCCCCCCCCACGCCGCUUUCGGGAAAAACCUGGGGCCGAAACGCCAGCAGUUGCAUCUGGAGAGAUGCCGGAAACAGCUGUGUGGGGAUGCUGGCCUGGGGCAAAGCAUGAUGGGGCGUGUGCUCCUGAUGGUACCACUAUAGGCGUCUGGACAAUCCAUUCCAGCUGGUGCCAUAAUCCAGUGCCCGUUUAUACAUGCAUCUGACCCCCGGACUUGCCUGGCAUCGUGUCCUAUUUUACAGAAAUGUAUGGGUCUCUUGGUUUUCGUUCCACUUUGGCUUUGGUGGUCAUGCCCUCCGUUCUACACACGCCUCUUCCGCUUCGGCCUCUUGGGCUGUCAUUUAAACGCUUGCGGCCUUUGGCCACCAGGGGGCAGAACAACGCUUUUGCUGUGCUCUUCCUAAUGAUCUUAUUUCCUAAUUUCGCCCGCCUACAGCCUUCUUGCUUAAUUCCAAGCAGUUUGAUCCAGUUCCUUAGGGGAUUGCCAGUGGCCACUAGUUGGAGCGUGGAAAAAACCAGACCCUUUCCAGAUACAACCAGUUCCCCCCACCCCACCCCCCCAAAUCCUUGAUGGGAAUAAUCUCAUUUCUGGUUCCUUUUCUGUUAUAAAUCCACCCACCUUCUGAUGAUGGUGGUGAACUGCGGUGCCUUAUUCACAGCGCUCUCUAUCUCUCCACGGGCCUGAUUCAGCCCUGUUUUUCUCCCCCUCCUGCUCGCCUUUCUGGAAAUCCUUGCCACGUCCUUAAUUCAGAUACGAUGUGGCCAACUCCUUUAUUGAGGAAGGCUCCUAUGCUUCUCGAGGGCUAUAGAACAGGAAAGCGGGGUAAGGUCAGCGACCUCAGGGACCAAGGGGGAGCUCGUGAGAUUUCGUUCCUGUAAUGCUGCUCUUCUGACAAAGGCUACGUUUUAUAUCGUUAAGUCUCCCGUAGGGACCUUAGUGGGAAGGGCGGAGGAGCCUCGGUGGGGAAAUGAUGCUGGCAACCCAGACCAAACGGAGUUUAAAACCGAGACGUCCCAGGACAGGUGAUGGGAUUUGGAGGAGAAGCCAGGAGUCAGCUCUGCAUAUAUACAGUAUCUUUCUGCCCUCCCUGCCGAGUGGAGUAACCGCCGGCUGAUGCCAUUUCUUGCUGAACCCGAGGCGCGCCGCGUCCUCUCCUCCCACGGGAGAGAAAGGUGGCGGCGCUCACAAUAAAAGCGUCUGAUUGUUUACAUCC